AUGGUGGCCGAAGAACAUGUGGCGCCAUCAAGACCAAAUCUCAGUUUUUCGUUUGAGGUUUCUGAUAGUGAUGAUGAUUAUGAUGUUAAUAAUGAUGAUGAUGGUUGUGAUAGUGAUGAUGAUGGUAUGGAUUUUCGUAUGUUUGUACCACCGAAGGAUCCGGUCAAUGAGGCUGUGAUUUCUCCAGCUGAGACAGAAAAAGAAAUCAACAUUUUUAAGCAACCAAACGAUCCCACACCCGAACAGAUAGAAGCUCUUAUCGCUCGGUUACAGUCAACUGCAAGGAAGCCUCCCCAAGCAGUUCCUGUUACUCCUGAAUCUCCAUCUGAGAGUGAUAAAGAUGAUUUAAACGCCUCCUUGGUGCCAAGAAAGCGAAGACGUAGAGAUCCAAGGCCGGGAGUGCUUGUUACUGAACCAGUACAACAGCCAACUCCGAUUGUUGAACCAACCUAA